GCAGAAGGGGGAUUGGUGUCACAGAACCUGGCAACCUCAAUGCUCACGCAGACCACAACUAUAAACAAGCGGAGCACCUUCUCCGGGUUGCUAAGGCUAGGCUAACCAACUUUCUUUCCCAGUUAAUCAAUUCAUCUGGGUCAUCCAGUACAUUUGAAGUGCUCCCCUGUAAAGAGAAUUAAUGACAAUGACCUGACCAAUGCACCACUGCUCUGCUCAAAAAUAAGGGGCACUUUUGGAGGUAGAUCAUGAAUGAUAAACUAGUCUUCCUGGGCCUGCUGUACUUUGUCCAGGGCAUCCCCUAUGGUCUCCAGUCUUCCCUGCUUCCUGUCUACCUGCGUGGAGCUGGUCACUCCCUCACCCGCAUCGGCUUCACCAAGAUCCUCUACUUCCCUUGGGUCCUCAAGGUGCUCUGGGCCCCUUUAGUGGACCGGGUUGGCACCAAGCGUCGCUGGCUGGUGGGGACAGUUUCUGGGCUGGCUCUCAUAUGCCUCUCCAGUGCUGCCCUGGCCCCAGAAGCACAUAUCUGGGGAGUAGCAGGAACCCUAUUGGCCAUGAACACCCUGGCCUCUGUCCAGGAUAUUGCUGUAGAUGGAGCCGCGGUGGGGUUGUUGAAAGGUCGUGGGGAACUGGGGCUGGGCAACACAGCCCAAGUCGUGGGCUAUAAAGCUGGAUCGGUGUUUGCCGGAGGUGGGCUGCUGGCUGUGAUUGACGUGGCUGGAUGGAGCUGGAUGUUUAUGCUGCUGACGUUUGUGUAUGCAGGCGUGGCUCUGUUUGUGUGGGGGGCCCCUGUGCUGGACGAUGAGACUGUGAGGGGCCAGCAGGCAGAUGGCAGUAGGAGGGGAGGGCAGGGAGCAGAAGCGAUGAGGCCUUGGAGGGCAUGGAGGAAGCUGCUGGCAGUGCCCGGCACCCCUUGGACAGUCCUGUAUGUGCUGACAUACAAACUAGGUGAACAGGGUGCAGUGACCAUGUUUCCUCUUUUCUUGUUGGAUCAUCACAUGACCGCCAGGGAGCUCAGCUUCUGGAACGGCGUUAUCGCCAUGGGCUUCUCCAUCUGUGGGUCGUCCCUGGGAGGCCUGCUGCUCGCUCAGUUCAGCAUCGGGGCUCUGAUGCGACGUGUGUUUGUAUUGCGAACCAUCAGCAUUGCCUUCCAGAGCUCUCUGCUCACUGUACUGGAACCAUCACCACUCAUGAAAGGUAUGGCCGUCCUGAGCAUGAGUGUUCAACACUUCCUCGGCGGUCUCAUCACCACGCUCACAUUCACUAACAUGAUGCAUUGCACUCAGAGGGCCGAGGAAAGCAUUCAGGCGACCCACUACAGUUUCCUGGCGACUCUGGAGGUGCUGGGGAAGUUGAUGUUCAGCGCUCUGGCCGGAGGCAUGGUGGAUUGGUUUGGUUUCCAAGUUGCCUUCCUGUUCUUCCUCACCCUCUCUGCUGGUACAGCGCUGCAUGUGUGGACGGCUACCUUCACUGGUGCUCUCAGGGAACACCAGCUCAAAGAACAGCCCAAGUGAGAUCAGGAUCAAGGUGACAGCUCCUGAUUUGGGGCAUCUGCAGGUGCUGAAAAUGUGUUGAAAUAACUUUUUUGUUGAGUUGAGUUUGACUACUAGUAUUCAGACACCUCAAAAGUCCUUGAAUUAAAUAUAACACUCAUGACUUCAGCAAAUCAUUUCAGUAUAGAAGAUCUUGAAUAAGUUGAGUUUCUUGCCAUUUUUAAGGAGAAAUCAGCCAUGCGGUUGUUACGGAGUGUGUUUUUGUCAUUUCACUGGCAAAACUGGCCUUACGUUUUUUUUAUUUUGCAUUUGAAAUGUCUGGAAAAGUCUUAGGAUUUACAGUAGUGUGAUGAAACUUGCAGAUACUGUGUAGGCAAGGAUGAAUUGAUGGGAUUUAGUGUGACGUACAGUGAUGUACAGUCAUUCUGUAUUGAGAGUUGAGAAGUACUUUGGGAAAUAUAAUCAAAGCUGUUUUUUAAUCAUCUGAGCCAUUUUAAUGUGUUAAUAAGCCAGCAAUAAGAGCUGUAGCCAAAAGCAAUAUUGCUACUUUGUGAUGCUUGUUCUAUCAUAUUGUACUGUAUAUGAACAUGUUCAUCAUUCUCCUGAGUUGUAUGGUUUACAGUUAUGAAUGAAAGAAUCUCUACUACCUCGUAUCAGCACUGUAUGGUACAAUACACAAGAGGUGAAUGUAGCUUCACCAAGUAGAGUCACUCAUUCACAAUAAAUAGUUGCAACACAUACACUAUGUUACCUGAGUUACAACAGUUAGCCAAAGUAGGUUUACUGCGGCUGUUUCAUUUUAGAAAGGUGAAUAAAUAUGCAGUUCAGUUGUUGAAUGAGGAGCAUUUAUUCUGUUUAAUUAACCACAGAUUUUCAAAGUAAAAUUCCUUUCCCUUUGGAAUAGAACCCUGACAGCUUACAUCUUGUAGGAAACCUCAGCCUUACACACAGCAUGGUGCCAUCUUUUCAAGAAUCAGAUUUAUAAAUAAACUCUGAAAAUAACUGUUCUUUAUAAAACUUGAAAGACCAAUACCACUGGCAAAUUAUAGUUUUUGCUUAUAGUGUUUCACUUUUGUGUUUUAUGUUUAAAAAAUGUCAAUAAUAUGUCCUAUAAAAUAUACUGUAACUCUCCAUGGUACUGUAUACUAUAUAAAAUAAUUUUCUUCAGGCUUAAAAUAUAAAUGAAAUAGCAGUGAAGAAUGUUCUUUUUUCACCAGGCUGUGUAGAAGAAUGUAUUAAUAGAAAUGAAGUCUUAAAAUUGAUAAGGCAGGCAGAUAAGACAAGGAUGGAUUGGUGUACAUAAAGGCCGCAAUCUCAGCAAAUUUGGCCAAAAUAAAACAGCUGCUUUCACCCACAUAAUAAAUAAAGGGACGCCAUAUCACAUUAUUACUGGUUCAUCCAUGUACCCAGGUCCUCUGUCAUGAGAUUUGCAUAAAAAAUAAAGCUGCUGAGUAAAUCUUA